CCAUCUGCUUUAUCUUGUUUUCAGAGAGACUCCGUUAAAAAUGUCAAGUAGUCCUACAGUAGUAAAUUCAGCUGGAAAUCCUGCUUCGAACCCUGGAUCCAACCAGACCUCAAACCUGGACCGGGAGAAGGUUUAUCAAUGGAUUAUCGAACUCUCAGCUCCGGAUACAAGAGAAGCUGCACUUCUGGAACUGUCUAAGAAAAGAGAAACAGUUUUAGACUUGGCUCCGAUGCUUUGGCACUCAUUCGGAACUAUGAGUGCUCUUCUCCAUGAGAUCGUCAAUAUAUAUCCUGCUGUUAAUCCUCCUCAGUUGACCGCCCACCAGUCAAACAGGGUUUGUAACGCCCUAGCCUUGCUCCAGUGUGUUGCUUCUCAUCAAGAAACUAGAUCUGCCUUUCUCACUGCUCAUAUCCCUCUCUACCUCUACCCCUUCCUGCACACUGUAUCCAAGGCGAGACCGUUCGAGUAUCUGAGGUUGACCAGCCUAGGGGUUAUAGGGGCUCUGGUCAAGACGGAUGAGCAGGAAGUUAUAAACUUUCUUCUCACCACAGAGAUCAUUCCACUUUGUCUCAGAAUAAUGGAAACUGGAUCCGAGUUGAGUAAAACUGUUGCAACAUUUAUCCUACAGAAGAUACUACAGGAUGAGACUGGUCUAUACUACAUUUGCCAAACCUAUGAUAGAUUUUCGCACGUUGCCAUGAUUCUUGGUAAGAUGGUUCUCCAGCUAGCCAAGGAACCUAGUCAGCGUCUUCUCAAGCACGUAGUUCGAUGUUAUCUCCGUCUCUCCGACAAUACUAGAGCGUGCGAAGCACUCUGUCAGUGUUUACCAGACCAGCUCAAGGAUGAUACCUUUGCUGUAUGUCUGAAGGAUGAUAAAUCUACCAAACAUGGUCUGGCUCAGCUGCUCAAGAAUAUAGAAACUAUGUCCAGCCAGGCUAACAGUAUGGGAGCCAAAAAUCCCCCGGUUCAGCAGAAGAUCCCCCUGUAGAGCUUGUAGUCAGAGAAUUCCUGGUUAACGUGAUCUAGGACUGUACAAAUAUUGUUCCUAGUUUCUGAAUUUCAAAUAUUCAGAACUCGUUGUAAAGAACUUCUUCAGUCAACUAGAACUAGUUUCAUAGAUCUUCUUCAGGGACCAAAUAAAUCUGAAGUUUACUUCUCUUAGGUUAAAAGACUUCAAGAAUCUUUUGACAAGUUAAAUAAGUUCAAAGUCUCCAAAAAUGACUUGUUUAAGAGACUGCAUCUUCAUUUAGAAAUAAAGUGAUGAGAGUCGUAAAUUAAAAACCAGUUUCUGGUUUUAAUGAAAACAUUAGUGACAAAAAUAGAAUCAUUUUGUUGUUUGGGAGUUGGAAGUUUGUUUUCGGAUUAAAUAAAUAUCAGAAUUUAAAUGUUAUCAACACUGUUCUGAAUUCUUCUGGUUGCAGGAUUUUCCUAAGUCCUAGGAUUCUCUAAGUUCGACUAGCUUCAAGUUUCUAUUAGCUCCAGGGUGCUCUGAGAUUCUGGGAUUUUCCCGGUUUCUCCUAGAAACAGGAUGCUCGUGAGUUCUACGACUCUCCUGGUUUCCAUAUACCAGUUCCAGGAUUUAUCUGGUUUCAGGAUUGUAGCACCAGAAUCCUCUUGGUCAACGGAUUUUCCGGAAUCCAUGAUUCCGUGUCCAGAGUUUUCCUGAUUCCUAGAUUCUACAUUUUCUAGAUUUAGAUGAUACACAAGAUAAUCAUGUAGUUAUUUAUUUUUAGAUCGUUAUUUUCAUAUUCAAGAAAUGAACGUAGAUUAAAAUCGGCACUAAUGAUGAAAUUAAACAUUUUAAAUUAUUAUUUUUAUUAAAUAUUGUUUUUAAAACUUUUCCAUUGUGUGCACUAGAUAUAUGCGCCCCAAAAUAUUUAGUUCUCUAAAUGUAUUUUACAUUUCAUUUACGAAUUCUAUAUUUACUCAGCUGGACUAAAAGUUGUGUAAACAGAAAAAUAUGUUUCCUGUCUCGGAUUCAGCAAUUGUGAGAAAGGACUCCCCAGCUAGAUGAUAAACUCAAAGCACAAAAACACUCAAGGGUGAAAAUCUGUGAAUUAGUAAAAAGUGAGUGAACCAAACUACAAGAGAAGAUGUAAAUGUACAAUCAUAGUUACUGUAAAUACAGGCAUGCUUUUAUUUAUGUUCUGGGUUGUGAUGAACCCGGAUUCGUUAUUCAUUUAAAAUACGACGUAUUAAAAUAUGCACUUUUUGAAAUAGAUAAUAUGUUUUGAAUUUAAAUUUCAGAA